UCGCGGCCUGAGGGGACGUGGCGGCGGCACGGCCCGCACCCCCCUGCUCGGGGUGGCCGCGGAGGGAGCCGUGACGCGCCUGCUCGGCGGCCGCUGGCUCCCCGCUGCGGCCUCCCUUGGCGUGACGGGGGCCGGGCGGCAGUGGAGGCACGGAGCGAGCGGGCGGGCUGGCAGAGCCGCGCUGCCCCGCCGGGAGCAGGAGCCGGGUCAUCCCCUCAGCUUCUCUCUCGUUUUGAAGUUUGGAGGGAGGGCGCAGGUCUACGUGGAGGUGUCUUAUAGUCGUGUCGCUUCCUGCCCACGCGUGGGUCGGAGGAAGGCGGAGGAAGCGCUGGGGGUGUUCACAUACCGUCGGGCGUGGAAGGGGCGGGUGGUGGGGGAGUAACCGGCAGUUCUCUGCGGCUGAUGACAGGCCGUGUGGGGCUCGGCCCGGCAACUCCGGCGCUGCCGUCGCUCGGCCCGUUCCCACGCGCAAAACUCCUCGAGAAAGGGCUUGAGUACAGUUUGGGGUCCUUCCCCUUCAUAUUUAUACUUUAAGACUUUGCCCAGGAAAAGAUGAUAACGGAGCAGAGAUGCCACCCCUCGCCACCUUUUUCACUUAAAAGAAAACGUGCUGCAGCUAUGUGCUUAUGGUCAUACCAUUCUCUUAUAAUGACUGUUCUUCCUCUCCAUGUUAAACUGCUGGCUUUACCGUCUCUGGAUUAUUUUAAGUAAAAUAUUUACAGCACUCUUCAUCCUUGCACAUCCUGUGGUGCUCUCAGGCAAUAGAUUUAGUACAUACCGACACUGUAACUGGUGUUACAUCCCACGCUUGUACCUGUGUGAAGAAUGAGUAAUCAGUGUUGAACCUGUUACUGCCUAAAGCUGGAGAAGAUGUAGUUGUCUGGGGAGAAAAUUGUUCCGUGUAAGAGGGACUUGAGGAACAUCUGGUGUGGUCAGCCCCUGCGAAUGUGUGAAACACAAGCUGAGCUACUCAUGUUUCUACUGAUGGGAGUUGCAUUUACUAGGUUGCAGUGGGGACAUAGCAAGCAUCUGAUCUGUAUUGUUCUUGCCAGAAAAGAAGUGCUGGUUGUAUAGCUAUUAAAAAUACCAUGUAAAAUGACAGAAGGGUCUUGUCUUGCAUGCAAAUGUAAAGGUUUGAGGCAAUGCUUAAAUUCUGGCAACUUGCCUACACUGACAUAAAAAAAGGAAGAGUGGAUGUUUUCAAAUUAAGUCAAUGAGGAGACACCAACAAAGGGAACGCAAAUUAACUUAAGCCUACAGGAGGCUGGUGACACCUGCAAAAGGGGGGAAAGUGGAGAAGUUGUGCUUUGUGCUUUCGAUCUGACCUGUUGGGAUUACAUUUUGGAGCAUGUUUGCUGCUUAGCAGGGAACUGAAAUUCAGGCACAAGAGGCUGUAAAUGUAAAGUGUGAAUAUGGGUGAAAAGAAGCCAGAACCUUUGGACUUUGUAAAAGAUUUUCAGGAAUAUCUCACCCAACAGACUCACCAUGUAAAUAUGAUUUCUGGAUCAGUUAGUGGAGACAAGGAAGCAGAGACUCUUCAGGGAGCUGGGACAGAAGGUGAUCAGAAUGGUCUGGAUCAUCCUUCUGUUGAAGUUUCACUGGAUGAAAACUCAGGAAUGUUAGUGGAUGGGUUUGAAAGGACAUUUGAUGGGAAGUUAAAGUGUCGAUACUGCAACUAUGCCAGCAAAGGAACAGCACGGCUCAUAGAACACAUCAGAAUUCACACAGGUGAGAAGCCCCACAGGUGCCAUUUGUGUCCCUUUGCAUCCGCUUACGAACGUCACCUGGAAGCUCACAUGCGGUCGCACACGGGCGAGAAGCCGUACAAAUGCGAACUGUGUUCCUUCCGCUGCAGCGACAGAAGCAACUUGUCUCACCACCGCAGGCGCAAACAUAAAAUGGUGCCUAUCAAGGGCACAAGGUCUUCCCUAAGCAGCAAGAAAAUGUGGGGGGUUUUGCAGAAGAAGACCAGCAAUUUGGGGUACAGCAGAAGAGCAUUAAUUAAUUUGAGCCCACCUUCCAUGGUGGUUCAGAAACCAGACUACCUUAACGAUUUCACUCAUGAAAUCCCAAAUAUCCAGACUGAAGCUUACGAGAGCAUGACAAAACCAACUCAGAGCGGUGGGUUGCCAAGAGAUCCGCAAGACCUCAUGGUAGAUAAUCCUUUAAACCAGCUCUCUACGUUAGCUGGACAGUUAUCUAGCUUGCCACCUGAAAACCAAAAUCCAGCCUCUCCUGACGUUGUUUCCUGUCAAGAUGAAAAGCCUUUCAUGAUCCAGCAGCCUGCUGCACCUGCAGUAGUUUCAGCUGUGUCAGCAAAUGCUCCUCAAAGUUCAUCUCCAACCAGCCCAGAUCCUCGGCCUACACACAAUCAAAGGAACUACAGUCCCGUGGCGGGUCCCAGCAGUGAUCGCAGUGCCCACACCAGUACUCCCAGCAUAAGCAACAGUCAACCAAGUACUCCAGCUCCAACCCUUCCGGUUCAGGACCCUCAGCUUCUGCAUCACUGCCAACACUGUGACAUGUACUUUGCGGACAAUAUCCUUUAUACUAUUCACAUGGGAUGUCAUGGAUUUGAAAAUCCUUUUCAGUGCAACAUAUGUGGGUGUAAGUGUAAAAACAAGUAUGACUUUGCUUGCCAUUUUGCAAGAGGCCAACACAGUCAGCAUUGACUGAGAACACGCUUUUGUUUAGUUUUUUAACAUAUUACAGUAUAUUUUUCAUACUUGCUGAAGGAAAGCUUGCACGUGCCCAUAAGGAAUUGUCACAUUAGUGAAUUUGACAGAGGAGGCAAAUUGAUUUCCAUGUCGUCGUAAAACUUGCCAGGGAAAUUCUAUAGAAGAUGUGGUUGUUACUUUAUAGUAGCCUUUUAAAAGUGCUGAGGUAGCAUUGUAAGAAUUGGAAUGAAGUCUCUUGCUCUUAAUCCCAAGAAGCAUUCUACAAAUGUAGAAGCAGAACGUAUGUCCUGACACACAAGAUGUGAUUACCAGACUAUUUACUAGGCAGGACAAACCAUGAAGCACAGGGAGUGAAUGUAAUGACACGUGUGGUUACUUUGGAGACAUAUUUAUCCUUAAACGUGGCUGCUCCAAACUGGGAAAACAAACAGAAGCAACUGUCAUACAAAAUCAAUUUGGUGUAAAACUUGCUUUGAUCUGGUGAAGAUGAAUAAUAAGUUUUUGCUUAGUAUAGUCUGAACUUUUCGUGCUAGGGCUCAAACGCUAAUUUAAAUAUUACUUUUAAAACUCAUCACAAAACUAGAAGAGAACAGGUUGUUGUGAAUGAAGCUGUGGUAGGGAAAGAGUUAAAAGCUUGUCAUUCAAUGGUCACUCCAAAGGAAAACUAAAGAUGACACCUUAUUUAAAAGUACACUUAAGCAAAAUUUGACAUCAUUCCUUUUAAAAGGAGGUAAUGUUUAAACAAUCCUAAUAAAGAGCUUGUAGAACUAAUAUAUAUCCCAUGGGGUUUUCAACUGCCUUAAACUAAUUUGUAGAUAUUUAAGAUUUGCACAAGUAGGCUUCUGUCCUGCUGAUAGAAGUUCUAAUAGAAGCAAACAAGAGGUUUACAAAGUCAAACUCACGUGUUCAGUUUUCUCUUGGGCCAAGCUGCAACUGGUAGGUUGCCUGUAUGUUUGAAAGUUUUAUGAUCUGGUUUAUUGGAAGCUUUGGCUAACUUGGAGGUCCCUUGGUCUUGUCCCCUCCCCCAAAUUUGUUGUCCUCAAAAUAAGGAAGGCUUCUGGGUUUUCUGAAGGAUUCCUCUGACAGGCAAACGGAUACUGGCUGUUUGCAUUUGAAGUUGUCACAGUUAGUAAAUGUAGAUGGCAGAUGGUAACUGAAGAUGUACAUGAAAUCCAUUGCACAUUUGGUUGGUUUUUAUGCUGUACAUCUUCCUUUAGAAGCACCUAGGCUAAUGGACAGGCACUUUAAUACAAACCUAAAUAAAAUGUCCUAGCAAAAGUAAUGAAAGCUCUUCAUGUGCUACACAGGAAUUUCAAACAGGUGAAGAACUUUUACUUCUCACAUCUUUAGCCAUGCACUUUUACCUUAGUUUGUCGUACUUGCGAUAAACUAAAGCUUCCCUUGUAUAGUCCCCUUUUACUAUCAGCAAAAUAUGGCAGCAAUUAUGUUUUGUUAAAAGCAGGAAGAUUUUUUUCAGUGUUCUGCAAGUCAGAUGCUGGAAUCUGAGUAGCAAACAUUUGGCUUAUUCAAAUUGAUACUGUGAUGGGAGCUAAAGCUUCCUGAAGAAGUUAGGCAGAACUUAGGGCAGUGUGGGUGUAAAAUGGACGCAGAGGAAAGCAUCCUUCUGAGAACUUUUAGCUUUAGAAGUAAUUUUGACUUUAAUGAAUUAGAAAUGUAGGAAGCAAAUGUUUUUCUCUGCCUGACUUCCCAUCUGUUGAGUUCUCCAUGCUUAGGUAACCAGUUGGAGGAUCUGGAUUUCUGGUUGCACAUAGUCUUGUCGUAAUGAGGUCAAAAAUAUGCCUUUGAAGUAUUUCUGAUGUAGAGAAAGUGAAUGUCCAUCAGGACUUUCAUUGGCAGUGCCUGUAAACGUUACAGACUUUUCUGUCGGCUAAUGACUUAGUGAUUUAGGAAAAUGGCUUCUGAACCACGAUGCCCCUGAAGGAAAUUUUAGAUAGGAGAAUAAUUGGGUCACUAAUAGUGGUGUGUGGUAUCAAGAGGAAGCCUGCAUGGUGUUUUUGAAAAGGGGCACUCAUUUAAGAGAGGAUCCACUGUUGCAGGGGAAGGUUUGUUCUUGAUGAUAGAACUCAAUAUGAAAAAAAAAGUCUAACCCCAAACCUUGCAAACUUAUGUUCAGAACUAUUUGAAUACUGCUGGCUCAAUACCACUGGGAUAAGACAAUUAGUUUGAAAGUCUGUGAACUGUCACACAAUGGUAAAAUUCUUUUUCCUUCUUUCCUUGUGCAAGCUCCUCUUGGCAGGGGGUUCUUGGGAAGCAGUAGGCAGCUGUGGGGUUCAUCCCUCGAUUCUGCAGUCAGAUCCAUGGGGUGGAUCCCUGGCUCAGAGGGAUCCUCCCCAGUGUGUCACCCUCUGGAGAGUCUCAAUUUUUCAACAGUACAGUGUGUCCAGUUGUGCCAAGCCAUAAGCUGGUUGAUCCUGUUUCCUUCUGUCUACUGAGUAGGUUUGGAAGGCGUAUUUUCAUAUUAGUUUCUCCUAAUUUUGUACCUAUUGUUCACUAUAAUUUAAAGACCUGAAUUAGUACUGGAAAAUUGGAGUAUGACCCUGGUGAUUCCCUUGCACAAGCAGGUCUUACUCAGAGCCGAGGAAAGACAUUUGUUAGGAACUGUGGGAUCGAGUCCUCACUGAGUAGGACUUUUCAUGUUGAGUUCUUCACGUGCUAUCCUGCACUAACUUCUUGGUGUUUUCUUUAAACAAGCAAACAAACACCAAAUCUUUAUAAGGUGGUAAUUAGCAUUUUAACUUAAUAUUAACAGGGAAGUUUGGGAAUGAGCUGAAAUUUUUCCAUGGCUUGGCUCUGUUAAAUUCUGUAGUUGCAAAUUUGUGGGGGUUUUGUUUCUUUGUAAUAGAUUAUUUUAUAGAUUUGUUGACAUUUUUGACAUGCACUAUUUAUAGUACUCUUAAGGCAGAUUUAUUGAGACUGAAUAUCCCAGUGAACAUGCAACUAUUAGACUGAAGAUUUUAGUAGAUUAUCACAGUUAAUACUUAAACCAACUGUGAAGCAGCUAAGAGGGAAAAAUAGUUGUUUCACAGAUACAUGUCUAGAUGAAGAGGAUUUUGACAUCAGGCUCCGCCCUGGAAAACAUCUUCCAACAGUGUUUCCAGCAAAAUGAUCUGUUGCUAUUUGUUUUGUUCCAGAAUGUUUGAGGAGUUUGCUUGUUUGGGGUUUUGUUUGUUUUUUUUUUUGACAAAGGGAAUGUAAUCUAGAAGUCUUCACUGGCAAGUUUUCUAUUAAUUUGAACCUUGUUUGAAAAUCUACAGCAAAUGGAUGUUCUGCUGCAGGAAAUCUAUUCCAGGCUGAAGCAUUUUUCACUGAGCAAUCUUUGUGUAUGUGCUUCUCGGUACCUGCUUUGUUAAUAAUAUGCAUUUCAGUGUAAAGAGCAUAUUUUGUAUGCAAAAAUGAAGCUUGUUAGAGUUGUAAAAUAAAUUUUAUUGUGUAGUGAAUGUUUUCAGAUGACAAGGUUAAUUCUCAAAUAACUCAACUCUAUCUGGUGUAGUUCAUGUUGUGGAGCUUUGCUUUUGUAAGAUAGGAAUAAAAUAACACUUUCUAA